UGGCACAACCGCGGUCAGAUAUUGUUACAGUGAUAUGGUUCGGCUAUUUACCACUAGAUUGGCGCUGCUAGUUAACCGUGCUCUAAAAUGAAUUGUCAAAAAUCGUCCAUCAAAAAGCGCUCGGCGGUUUGAAGAACUACACCACUGUAACAAAAUCUGACCGAAAAUAUUCCUUCCGACGUAUAACCUGUUCUUUAAAAUAGUGAUAUCUAUUAAUAUUUUAUUAUAUUUAUCAUCAUCGGUGUUUACCACAGAAUAGAUAUCUAUACUAAUAUAGUAUAGUAUAGAUAUCUGUGGUGUUUACCAUGAUAACGGUUGACAUGGACACACAUUAAUACGCGUGUGCGGCGACAAUUAUUGAUAUCCGAGUAUGCCACCGCCACAGUUUGGGAUCGAUUAACGAAUUUUAUAGAUUUUCUUUUUCGUUAGUUACGUUUCAUUUUCCGUCCCGAUUGGCCAUUAACUGGAUAGAGAGUACUUAAAACCUCAACCGUCCGCUCUACGCCUGAAUUAUCUCGUUACGCGGAUAACUACUCGAAACCUGUUUGAAAUAACCAUGAAGCCUAUAACCGAUGUCAGGGUCGUUAAAACCACAGAAUCGGCAUUUAUUAAACCGUUUUCAUUGAUAUUUAAACAAGGAGGAAAUGAAAUAAAAUGGGACCUAAUAGAUAGCCAUAAUGGAGUGUUUGUGAUCAUUUACAACAGAACCAGAAAUACAUUGGUGUGCGUUAAACAAUUUAGACCCGGUGUCUACUAUAAAAGUAUACCUGAAUCUGAUAGGCCAAAAGAUGGACCUAUUGAUACUGUAAAAUAUCCAACUAGCAUUGGAUUGACCGUUGAAUUUUGUGCUGGCAUUGUAGACAAGAACAAAUCUCUUGUAGAAAUAGCUGUUGAUGAAGUUAGAGAAGAAUGUGGCUAUGAUGUCAAAGUGUCAGAUAUGGAAAAAAUCAUCAGUUGUAGAGCUGCAUUAAGUACAGCUGGUUCCAUUAUGACAUUUUUUUACACCGAAGUGACUGAUCAAAUGAAAGUUUCUGAUGGAGGAGGUCUUGCGAACGAAGGAGAAGACAUUGAAGUCGUAGAAUAUACUAUACCACAAAUCAGAGAUAUCAUCACUCAAUCUGAAGUUUUAAAUGGGUCGUCUAGUUUUCUUUUUGGCUUAAUGUGGUUUUUAACCAACAAAAUUGUUUUGAACAAUUAAAUUAAAACCAAUUACAUUGUUGAUUUAAUAUUUAAUGAGUUAAACAUUUAUAUA